AACGUCAAUCUCGUGUACCAAGCGACUACCAAAAGCUGUCGCACCCACCAGCUCGAAAAGCAACCCAUCAAGGGCAUUCAAUUGCUUCCGUUAUUUCAUGAAAAUUAACUUCAGUCUUUACUGAAGCGCCGAAUCACCGAAAGGAGUCGAUCCGCCCGCCCUAAAUAACCCGAUCGUUCCCAUCGAACUCUUCUCUGAUUCCGCACCCUUGACACUGCUUCAGCUCACUACUAUUAUUCACAAUGCGUCAAGCUACAUCCAUCGCUCUCCGCUCUCGCUGUCUUUUGCGCGCUCCACAGACCAGCCGCGCCUUCUCUACGCAAAGCACCCUGCGUUCCGCCGAUCAUGGUAACCAUUACGAUCCGCCCAGUGGUUGGCUCUUCGGUGUCAAGCCCGGUCAAAAGUACGUGAAGGAAGGAUGGGAGAAUAUCUGGUACAUCGGUUUUAUUGGAAGCUUGGUUGCUGCUGGUGUUGCAUAUGUCUUCAAGCCAGACACUUCGAUACAAACAUGGGCCUUGGAGGAGGCUCGUCGACGAUUGGAAGCAGAGGGUAUCUUGGAGGAUCCCGAAAAGGCCCAGAAAUAGGGUCGAUGCUAGCUGGGCUUUUCUUUUUAUUUCCAUGAUGUUAUACUGCGUUGUACAUAACGAUCGGCUCCUUUGUCUCUAUUCUGAUCUGUUGUGCCGCAGUCAUAUCAAAGAUGGCUGGGACACGUUGAUAGACACGUUCUUAUCUCUUCUGUUUCAUUUCCAUAAUAUGACUCUUGGCAUAUUUAUAUGUGAAUCUCGGUCUUGUUAGAGAGUGGGUGUCAAGGGUUCAUCGCGGGUUGCGAAGGCGUUUGCUUCGACAUCUAGAUGCUAUAUUCAGAAAGACAAAAAUACACUGAUCGAGGUU